CCACCCCGCCCCAGUCGCUUGCCGCCGCCCAACCAACACGGACCGAACCGAACCGCGCCACCGCCGCCACGCCACGCCGCGCCACGCGAGAGGAGACGACGCUUCGCCGCUUCGCCACUUCGCCGCUCUCACUUCGCAGGUGUGACUGUCACGACGACAGGGGUGACCAGGUGGCGACCGUCACUGCGUUGAGCACCUCCGUUCCCCGUUGUCUUCAUUCGCUGGAGGACUCUUGGACACCGACGUCAUGGAGGCCCUAGUUCACCACCAGGAGCACCCCGUCGAUCUAGCCAUGGCCGUGGGCCGGGCUGAUGCAGGCCCCAUCAGGAUGGAGCUGACGAAAGCCAACCUGUGGCGCGAGUUCCACCGCGAGGGCAACGAGAUGAUCAUCACCAAGUCCGGCCGCAACCUGUUCCCCAAGCUGAAGGUGCGCCUGUACGGGCUGCAGCCCGAGGAGCACUACACCGUGGUGCUGGAGAUGCGCCUCGCCGCCCCGCGCCGCUUCAAGUUCUCCAACAACCACUGGGUGGACGCCGGCGAGGCCGACCCCCAGUUCGACGAGCACCGCACUUACGUCCAGUCCGUGGUGCCCGACAAGCACGCCACCUGGUGCGACGUGGACCUGAAGAACGCCAAGAUCUCCAACAGCACGGUCGACGGCAGGGGCAACAUUGUCCUCACCUCGAUGCACAAAUACAUCCCCUACUUGCACGUGAUCCGCGGCGCCGACAUGCAGGGCCACCACUUGGCGUCCAGCCUCCCCGUGACCACCGUCUUCUUCCCGGAGACCGAGUUCAUCGCCGUGACGGCCUAUCAGAAUGACGUCAUCACCCGCAAGAAGAUCGAGAACAACCCCUUUGCGAAGGGCUUCCGCGAGACGGGCAAGGCCAAGUGCCGCCGCAACCAGCGCCAGAGUCCCACGGCCGUGCUGCAAGGCGCCAAGGAGGCCCUGGAGAUGAUGCAGCGCCGCGACAGCGCCGCCAGCCCCAUGUCCUCGGCGUGCUCCACGUCCUCGGCGUCGUCCGACCGGUCCGAUGCCGAGGCCUUCGCGUUCCGCGGCCUGCCCACCCCGCCGGCCAGCCGCACCCCCACCCCUCCCUUGAGGCUGUGCCCGCCGUCCACCCGAGGCUUCGGCAUUGACGACAUCCUCUACGGCGACCGGUACUCCGCCAAGCGGCCGCUCCCCGGCGCCACCGCGCCCACCGCGCCCACCGCGCCCACCGCGCCCACCGCGCCCACCGCGCCCACCGCGCCCCUGCCCGUGCACCCCCUGUACCAGUUCAUGUACGCCCCCAUGCCCGUGCCCUACUGGAUGUCGUACCCGGGCCUCUACGCCCCCUCCGUGCCCACCAUCCCUACCAUGGCCCCGCUGGCGCUCACCAUGGACGCUGCGGAGUCCUACAACUCGUAUCCCACAGUGUUCAAGCCGGAGUAGGGACGAGGUACUUGGUACCCCCACCCAGACAGAGUUCGCCAAGUGUGCUCCAAGUACUCUUGUCGUCAAAGGGCUUUACCAUAUCAGGCUGACCUAGUUUUAUCCAUAUUGAUGGUUGGGUUUUACUUUGCUUUAUAGUUUGUAGUGACAACAUAUGACCAAUAUUUUAAGAAUGUGUACGUAUAAUUUCUAUGUGUUUAUUAUGUCUGAAAUCCUUCUCAUUGUGAUUCUUGUUUCUGUAUUGUAAAUUGUAGAAAGUUGUUAAGUUUUUCUUGUCUAAUUUUGUAUGAACUUGAACUUAGGGUUUUACAUUUAAAAUGAAAAGUAAUUAGUACAUUUAUUUUUGUUACUCACCAAAUUUUUGCAUCUUGCCAAAAACAACGUACAGUAUGGAGUAGCGUAAAAUAAUUGUUACGGGCAAGAAUGGAAAAGGAUUUCUUUGUUAGGAACAACACCUGAGUUUUCUAGUUAUAUUUCCUGAUAGUGUAAGUUUCAUUACAUACAAACCUAUGUAAUUUUCGCCAAAUACUCUAGUGAUGAAUGUGUUACCUUUGUGAUCAUUAUUAUCUUAAGAUUUGUUAUACUAGAAAUGAAGAGAGGAAGGACUCAGUCGCAAAUAAAUAUUAUUUUCUUUA